CUUGUAACGAUAAUUUUAAUAAAGUAAACAAAACAGGAAAUGAAUUUUAAUUUACCAAAGUUUUCAGAGUUUUAUAAAUUUGUGCUUGUCGAUGAGUUAGUUCUGUGUAAUAAUCCGGCUUUAAUUCACUACGGAAAAUGUUCUGUUAUUGGGUAUCUUUCAAGCAGCAUCUGUGUUGAAUCAAUUUCCAUUCCAAACAUUAAAAGACAUCUUCAGAAACCAGAUUGUACCUACAAAGUUCCUCUUAUCAUAGAUUUCACACCUUCGAAUUACUUGAAUUCAACUGUUGAGGUUUUUGGUGAAGUUAAGCUGCAUGAUGAAUUGCUUGAAAAUAGUUAUGAAACCUCACACAGUCUUAUUCAUAAGCUUAGAAAUCUCCAAAUAAAGCUAGAAAGUGAAAAAGGCUUACCAACUCGCGAACCAAGUGGGACUAAUGAUAAAGGAAUGCAUCCGUCAGUUUUGAGACAUUUACAAAGAGAAAUUGAACAAUAUAAAAAGACCUUUAAACCAGUAGUUCAAGUUCAUACUAUCAGGCAUCUUCAAGAAGCUAGAGAAGUUUUAUCAGAAAAUCUCAAUUAUCGUAUUAUACAAAGUUGUAAAAACAAAAAAUAAAAACAAUUUAAUUUAAGGUCCUAUGAUAAACC